AAAGUUUGUUAGAGACUCAACCCACAAAAGUGAGGAGAAUCUUCUACUUCAAUUUUCCACAAGGUUUUUUCUUUUUACGUUUAGUUUUGUUUACUUUAAUUUGUAUACAAAGUAGGCCAACUUAAUUCAGGUGCCAAUGGAAGAAAAUAAUGGACAUGAUCAGUUCCAUGAAGCUUCAAAGGCUAAGUACGAUUGUCUUUUGUUUGAUCUUGAUGACACCCUUUAUCCUUUUAGUUCUGGUAUGACAGUCCAGAUCGGAGAAAAAGUUAUAGAGUAUGUGGUACAAAAGAUUGGUAUAGAAGAUGUGGCUAAGGUCCGUGAAUUGUGCCUUGCGUUAUAUAAGACUUAUGGAACAGUAUUGGCUGGUUUCAAGGCAUUUGGACAUGAUUUUGACAAUGAAGAGUUUAAUAGUUUUGUACAUGAGGCAUUGCCAUAUGAUGAUGUACUGAAACCAGACCCUAUUCUAAAGGACAUUUUACAAAACCUGCCUCUCAGAAAGAUUAUUUUUACGAACGCAGACAAUGCUCAUGCCGUUAGAGUGCUUAAAAGGCUUGGACUAGAGGACUGCUUUGAGAGAAUCAUAGACUUUGACACUUUGAAUUCCUCUAAUAAUAACAUGGAUCCUGCUCAUGAUUACCAACAUGGCAUUGAUGCUGAAUCAAAGCCAGUUAGCGCAAGAAUAUGUGAGAUUUAUGAGUAUAUGAAAAACCCUGAUUCUUCUUAUAUAGACAUGGUGCUUCCUAGGACCCCGGUUGUCUGCAAGCCCUUUGAAUAUGCAUUUCAAAAGCUUUUCAAGAUUGCUAAUAUUGACCCUCAAAGAACAUUGUUCUUUGAUGAUAGUACCCGCAAUUUACUAACAGCCAAACGCGUAGGCCUCCACACAGUUGUGGUGGGUACUUCCGUUCGAACUACAGGAAUUGAUCAUGCUUUGGAAAGCAUCCAUAAUAUCAGGGAGGCAUUUCCAGAACUCUGGGAAGCCAGCGAAAAGCAUGAAAUUGUCAAAUAUAAGGUUGCAAUUGAGACAUCAGUGAUAGCUUAGUCUAGAAUACAAGUUUAGUGCCUUGUUUUGUGUAGGCGCCUGUCUCAUCAAUGUAAUUGUUAUUUGAAUUUUUAUUAAAUAUGAAUAUUUUGUUCAGUACUAGAGAGGUUUCUAUCAUUGCAAUUUUAAGCACAUGUUUACAUGUUA